AAAAAAAAUCUCUUCAUAAUAACUACAUAUUGGUAUGGUGCACUGUAAUGCAACCUGAUGGCGGUAUUUUUAAAAUGUAUUCCUUUUUAUUUGCUUAUUUUUGCGUGUGUUCUUUUGUGUCUUGUCAAGAAUUGCAGGUGUAAGUAUGAACCCACCUGGGAGUCGAUUGAUUCGAGACCUUUGCCAGCCUGGUACGAUCAAGUAAAAUUUGGCAUCUUCAUACACUGGGGAGUCUUCUCUGUCCCCAGCUUUGGCAGCGAAUGGUUCUGGUGGUACUGGCAGAAGCAAAAACUGAAGCCCUAUGUUGAUUUUAUGCAAAAGAACUAUCGUCCUGGUUUCAAGUAUGAGAACUUUGCCCAAGAUUUUACAGCCGAGUUCUUCAAUGCAAAACAAUGGGCUGAGAUUCUUUCUGCAUCUGGAGCCAAAUAUGUUGUUCUAACCACGAAGCACCAUGAAGGUUUCACAUUGUGGGGUUCGAAGUACUCUUGGAACUGGAAUGCUGUGGAUUUGGGGCCAAAGCGGGAUCUAGUGGCAGAGCUGGGGGAUGCCAUAAGGAAUCAGACAGACUUGCGAUUUGGGCUGUACCAUUCGCUCUUCGAGUGGUUUAACCCGUUGUUCCUGGAAGACGCUGCCAAUGUCUUCAGAACCAAUAAGUUCCCUACCACAAAGUCACUGCCUGAAUUGUAUGAAAUUGUGAACAGGUAUCACCCAGAGGUGUUGUGGUCAGAUGGGGAUGGAGAUGCACCCGAUACCUAUUGGAACAGCACAGGAUUCCUAGCCUGGCUCUACAAUGAAAGCCCAGUCCGUGAAACAGUUGUAACGAAUGACCGCUGGGGAUAUGGCAGCAUUUGUAAACACGGUGGGUACUACACAUGCACUGACCGUUACAACCCGGGCCAUCUCCUCAGUCACAAAUGGGAGAACUGCAUGACCAUCGACCAGAAGUCAUGGGGUUACAGGAGAGAUGCUGUUCUAAGUGAUUACCUUGCAAUUGAACAACUAGUGAAGACCUUGGUUGAGACAGUGUCCUGUGGAGGGAAUCUGUUAAUGAACAUUGGACCCACUCAUGAUGGUCGAAUUGCUCCCAUCUUUGAAGAGCGUUUGAGGCAGAUGGGAUUGUGGUUGAAAGUUAAUGGAGAAGGAAUUUAUGAUACCACAUCGUGGAGGGCUCAGAACGACUCUGUCACAUCUGGAGUCUGGUACAUGUCCAAGCCAGAAGAACAAGCUGUUUAUGCAUUUUUUCUUAAUUGGCCAGUUUCAGAAAAACUUGUUCUCGGUGAACCAUUUGCAACAGAGGGGAAAACAAUGGUUAAAAUGCUUGGGUAUUCAGAGGCUGUGAAAUGGCUCCCAUUGGAAAACAAAGGGAUGACAGUUUUGCUGCCACAACUUUCUUACAGUCAGAUGCCUUGUCAAUGGGGCUGGGCUCUAAAACUAACCAGCGUCAAAUGAAGAAAGUUUUAUAUUUUUAAUUUGUUUUUCAAAAUGGAAAAACUAACUUAAUUUGAAAAAAAUAUAUGAUG